UCAAGGCAGGCUGGGUUUUGCACGAAUGGUGCCACUAUAUAUAUCUAGCGCAGAUGCACAGGUUUAAGAUCGAUGAUCCCUAUAUUUGCCUUGAAUUCAUGCAAGGAAACUUUUGUAUAACUAAGAAGGAGCGCCCAUUCUGUGAAAUUGGUCCGGACCUUCCUAGAGAACACGUCAACAAGUUGAUGAAGGUUCGGGGAGGACACAGCAACCAGCAGCCAUGGCAAAAUGGUUCCUUGUGGCACCAGAACUAAGUCGAACUUGCGGCGCAAGCUGAGGACAUGGUGCGAUUACAAAGAGCUUCAUCAUCACACCAUCGUGAUUUAAGCGAUGUGCUAACAAAGCGCUUUUACGAGAAUGUACAGAAGCUUAAAGAUGUGCUUAAAGUGAGUGACCCUUUCGUGACAAAAAGUCAUCUGGUGAACAUCAUCACAAAAGCAGUUAUGCUAGAUUACAUCAAGGAGGGAGUGCUAAUGCAAAAUGGCAUCGGUCAGGCGUAUUUUGGCACAUUAGUUUGUUCAAGCACAAAUCGUCGAGGCCCCAAGAAAAAGGCACAUUUAAAGUCAUGGAAGUUUGCUUGGCAAACAAAGAAAAACAAAACAACUAGUGGAAUCGCACCCAUAAAGGAUGACAGAGCUCUCUUCACACGUUUCUUAGUUUUGAUUCUCUCACGGCCUGAUCUUCACAUGGAGGAUACCAUAAGCACUUUUAAGUUAGCUGAGUUUCCGAGUACACCCUUCUCCUCUGAUGGCCGUUUGCUACACUGCAUUGCUAAGAGCAAGCUGAUUAACAUCCUAGAAGUCCUUCUACGCCAUCAGUAGCCACAAACGCAUACAGUACAACCUCGCUCUCCAGACCCUUUCAGUACGCCUUUGGUAAUUUUUUUUGUCAUUGCAGCAGUUCAGUCACUGGGAGCGCCAUCGUUGGUAAGAAACAAGCGUGACCUAGCAAGCCAUUUCAUAGAAGUCGUUGAUGCUAAGACUAAUGUUUCCACCGAGGUUCAUGUUGUAUUUGACCGCUAGUAGAUCCCCUACUCCUUAAAGGAAGUAACGCGCCAGUUUAACAACUGGUUAUAAACAGAGCAGGGAUAUACAAUGAUUACUGUCGAUGUUGUUAUUGACAAGACAACUAUGAAAGAUCCUUUGAACUGCAACCAGAAUAAGGAGGCACUGGCUAUAAUCCUUGCAACACAACUCAUCGAGUGCAAGAAAGACUCACAGAUGAUGUAUGUAGUAAAUUCUAAAGGUGACUGUAUGACAUCUAAUACCGUACCGAUUCAACACUUAAGGAGUGAUCAGGAAGAAGCAGACACCCGUAUGCUCCUGUAUGGUCUAGACGCCACAAAGAGAGGAGAAAAGUCCACAUUCAUUCAGAGCCAAGAUACAGAUGUACUCGUUCUGAUGCUCUGGACUUACAAGGUACUUUGUCUGGAUACUACAUUGACUGCAGAGACAGAAGGAAAAGGAAGAAGUACUCCACUAGGACCACUCUACGAGGUGGUCGGAGAAGACCUCGUGAAGGCUUUACCUGGCUUUCACGCUUUUUCAGGAUGUGAUCAGACAGGCACCAUCAGUGGAAAAAGCAAAGUGUGUUUUUAGAAUAAUCUAAAGAAAGCCAAACGACCGAUGCUCGAUGCCUUCUCUAGGCUAGGAAACAGCGACACCAUCCCAGAUGAUAUGUACAUAAAGCUAAAGCGCUUCGUCUGCCAGUUGUACAUCCCAUCGACACAGCUGAGAGAGCCCUAGGAGAGGUCAGAUUCUUUCUUUAUAGCAAGAAACAAUAACUAUAUAAACCGCUACACCCUGCUAAAGCAGCCGUACACAAGAUGACAAAAUUAGUUAAUCUCGUUGCAUUGGUAUGGAAGUCUUGCGACAACCCAAUACUAGCAUUCCUAGCCCAACGUUACACGGAUGGCAACAAGAUGGGGAUGCAGCCUGUUCCAACCACACUCCCUACCAGCACCUUUGUCCGUUCUGCAGCUGAUCCAGUGUGGAUGAAAUUCGCAUGCAACACUGUACGUGCAGGAAGCACAAACUAUAAUGCACAGAUAUGUCUGGUUCAUGUAAAGUGAAACGUACGAACUGGAACUUUAACACUGACACAGUUAAGCAUGUUAGAAGGGAUAACAGUGACGAUGAGGACCUUCAAAUCUAGUCCCACCAGCUAAGAAUUCUAAAUUUCGGAAAAGGCAUUAUAGAAGCUUUAUAUGAUAGAACAGACUUAAAAGCGCGCUUGUGCACAGUUUCUUUUGCAUUAUGUGAGUGAUUUCGGCUAUGUAUAACAAAGCCAGACUUGAGUAACCUGUGUUUUAGGGGUCAUGAAUGUAAUUUGCAUAAAUUAAUCUUACAUGACUUCGAAAAAAUUGCAGACAACUUUUUUACGAUUUAACACCUCUUAAACUUUAGAUUUCUUCCAAGAAACUAAAAUGUUCAUGAAAUGCCCACGGGAUUACACAUGGCCCCGGACUAACUAGUGGGCUAUAACAACUAGCCUAGUAGUAGCUUAAUCAAUCAGAACGCAGCAUUGAUAAUAGACCACUAGUUGGAUUUUACUAAUAAACUAUAUUCCUGUGACAAACAUUCUGCAUAAUGCUAGACCUGGAAUGUCGAUUGACAUGUGCUUAUGCAUAAUGAUAGAAAUGUGAUGGUUAAUUUUUAGCCUGUUGAAUAUAUGAGAAAGAUGUUUUUUUUCAGUCAGAGACACCUAAGGCGGUUCGCUGGAAAAAAAAAACCGAGUUCUUCCAAAAUCGAGGAUAUCGUCUGAUACUGGAAAACUUCCUACAAUCAUUGAAGGGUCACUCACUUAAUUAGCAAUUAAUGAAUGAGGCUGAGCAGGAUAUGAAGAAUUAUGCUGAUCGAGGAGGGCGUAAUCCACCGAGGCUGAUUGCCGAGGUGGAUAACACCCUCCGAGAUCUGCAAAAUUCUUUAUAUCCUACCAAAGCCGAAUUCAUUAAUUGCUUUAUUAUUCAUUCAAAAUAAUUCCUAGUUUGAAAACAAGCUAAAAUAUGCUUACCUUCGUCGAAGUUAGGUUCACCUCGACAGUGCAUGUUUAGAACAUAAAGGCUGUUCAGGUCUGCAAAUAUACUCCAAAUAGCAGACGUUGUCUGUCGAGUUGUCUUCUUGCUAUGUUUUUAGACAAUAGUUAGUCGUUAAACGAGUAAAAUGUUCCGCCGACUGUUUAGCCAUUUUUCUUUUCACAACCACAACAACUCAACCUCGUCCUCAAGUCUUCAAGGUUAACGGUUCAUUAACCUGCAACAGUGCCGCACUUUUGACGUCAUCGGUUGAUUAAUCGCAAAAUUCUUCCAAAUUUGGUCAACGGUAGCUAGUUAUGGUCAAUUAUGCGCGAACUUUUAGCCAAUCAGAAACUGAGAAAUAUUUUGAAUGAAUAAUCAUUAACAAUUAAUGAAUGAGGCUGAGUAUCUUAUGAAGAAGUAUGGAGAUCUCGGAGGGUGUUAUCCGUCGAGGUCGUAGGCGGAGGCGGAUAACACCUUCCAAGAUCUCCAUAAUUCUUCAUAUGAUACGAAAGCCGAACUCAAUAAUUGUUGAAUUAUUCAUUCAAAAUAAUUCCUAGUUUAAAAACAUAGCUUAAACAUGUUUACCUCCAUCUAUGUUAAGUUCAUCUUCGAUAGUGCACGAUUAGGGUUGUUCAGCCCCGCAAAUAUUCUCCAAAUAGCAGAUGUCGUCCCUCGAAUUGUCUUCUUGCUGUUCUUGCCAUGUUUUUAGCUAUUAUCUCGCCUAGUUCUUACUCUUGAAACGAGUGAAAUGUCCGCCAUUUUUGUUUUCACAACCAAAACAACUCAACCUCGUCCCCAGGUCUUCUCGGUUAACGGCGCAUUAACCUGCAAUGAAGCUGCACUUUUGACGUCAUCGGUUGAUUAAUCUCAAAAUUCUUCCAAAUUUGGUCAUCAGUAGCUGGUUAUGGUGAAUUAUGCGGGUGCUUUUAGCCAAUCAGAAUCGGGGAAAUAUUUUGAAUGAAUAAUACUGACCUGUUUACGUCCUCGCUUGAGUGUAUAGCUUUAGAAGUAUAAAUCUUCCCUUACUAUGCACUAGUUAAAAAAUAUAACAGGAUAGCUACAGGAUGAUGGUAAACUCUGAAACUGUCUAAAUAUUUAUUAUUAUUAUUACUAUAAUUAUUAUUGUUAUUAUUUUCAUUAUUAUGUGGCAGUAUAAAACUUUGGAAUGCUGUCCACAUUACGAGUAGUAUAGGGCGCAUAACGUAACCUACACCACUUGACAAGCUAUAGUUAGAAGUAAAAAAAGGUCGUUACGAAACCUAAUACGAUCCUAAUAUACAUAAUGAUAUGAAUCUCUCUACGUAAAAAGCCACUUUAGAAUAUUAUUAAAUUCUUAUACUCUGUAAAACCUACGCAAAGACAUGAUAAUAUAAUUGUCUCUACUAGAAGCCUAUUUAGAAAAUUAUUAUUAUUAUUAUUAUUAUUAUUAUUAUUAUAUUAUCAUCAUUAUUAUUAUUUAUUUAUUUAUUUAUUUAUCUAUUUUUUUAGGAGAGAAGAAUGUGGAGAAAUGCUUUGAAACCCAGCGUUCGUUUAAACUUAUGGGCCCCCUGGUUGACACUGAAUUUUACCCAGGGUGGAUCGACAAUUGGGGUGUGAAAUUCCAGCACCGAGACGCUGAGGUUAUCGCCAACGAUUUCGAUACUUUGCUGAGCGCCAACUACUCUGUAAACGUGUACGUGUUUCAUGGCGGGACGAAUUUUGGAUUCAUGAAUGGUAAUCUGUUCAAAUCCUGAUCAAACCCACCUAUAAGCACCAUAAACAAUGGUAUUCUUUACACUAGAACCUAAAUAAGCUAAGAAAUAUUUCGAGACAAGUAAAUUUGAAAUUCUUCGAGUAAAAUUAAGCUUCACUUAGAACUUAAAGCUUUUUUCCCACGCAACAUAAUUAAGAUUGAUCGACAUGAUUUGCCUUUCUCAAAGCUCAAGAAACCGGAAGUUGCUAAGUCAGUUGUAAGGAUGGUUUUCAAGUCACUUGAAACUUGCUU